UUACCGUUAUCAUUAAAAUGUAUUUUAACUUGAGUUUUCGUUUUGUUAUAAUUACAAUAUAAUAUACAAUAGUAUUAUGUAUAAUUUAUAAAACAAUUUUCUAUAAAUGAUUUCGGUGUAUCUACAAGAGUAUGAAUUGAAACGAUUUUUACAAUGAUUCGUUAGGUACUCUCAAAAUAGCGAAACAUGGCGGACCCAAAUUCUGAAUUGGCUGCUGCUCCGGAGCAAGCGGAUGAUGACCAGUGGUUGUAUGGUGAUUCAAAUUCAAAUUUGGAUUCUGUCGUACCCACUGGUGCACUGAUUGAAGAUGUACCGCUUACUAAGCCAGCUGAAAUGACUCACAGUGGCGAAGAUGAGGAAUCACGUUUGAUGGAAUUCUUAGCAAAUCCUGGUCCAGGAAAUGUAGAUAUACCACCUCCAGUAAAAGAACUAAGUAACGACUUGAAUCGACCAAGAAGUCCUGAAGCAUUUUUUAAUGGUACAGGGUUUCAGUCAGAAUCAUUAAGUAAUCUUCCUGAUGGUUCAUUAGAAACAAAUAUAAUGGAAACUACAGAAAAACAAAGUGAGAGUUUACCUGAACAGGUCCCAGAUGAAAAUGAUGAUGAAAAACAAGCAGUAUCAUCAGAAGACAGUGAAGACGACAGCGACGAUGAUGUUGUAGUAGCAGCUGGAAAUUUUACAUUGUCUGCUUUAGAAAGCAAUAUGGCACAACACGCACAGCAAAAUAAUGCAAGUCCAUCAACAACAGGAAUUAAUUUGAAAAGAAAUAACCUAUUAUCAUUAACAAACAGUGCUGGUUUAACAACAGGGAAUAAACAACAAGGGAAAUUUAAUGUAGACGAUUUUGAGAGUGUGGGUUCCAUUAAUGGUGUACCGUCUCACGAAUAUUCAAUUGAAACUACUGAAGAAAAACCAUGGUUAAAACCUGGUGCUGAUAUCACAGACUACUUUAAUUAUGGUUUUAAUGAAAACACUUGGCUUGCGUAUUGUGAACGGCAAAGAAAAAUGCGCUGUAACGAAUCAUUAGUGGGAAUGUCUACAUUGGCUAUGCAUAAUCAACAAAUUUCCACGAGUACUGCAAAUAAUAUGAUUCCUACAAUAGACGUCAAGCCUAAAUUUCAAGCUCCACCAGCUCCUCCAAAAGAAAAUACUAUUGAGGUUAUGACAGCAGAAAGGCGAGAAUAUAGUCGCAAACAUUUCCCAACACCCGAUUUAUCGGUGCCCCCGCCAAUAAUUCCUACUACAUUUGACGUACCUCCGCCAAUGAUACCUGGGUCUAUACCACCCACUGGAUAUGGUCCUCCUCCGCCAAUAAAUGUGAAUUUCGAACCGGAAUACUAUCCUCAUGAACCAGAUCCUUAUUAUAAUACGUUCGAGCCAACUCAAGAUAUGCAAUGGAAUCAAAGCUGGAAUUCAAAUGUCAAAAGUAUAGAGAACAUUCCUACACUUGCUAACGGCGGCGAUGCAUAUAAUAAAGCAAGAACAGAUGUGGUGAGGGAUAAAGAAUACUACGCCGCACGCGUAAAAAAAGAACCAGAAGAUCGUGGCUAUGAACGUGAGCGUGAUGUACGUAAUCGUUACCGAGAAAGGGAUCGUGAGCGAGAUCGUGAUAGGGACAGAGAUAGAGAAAGAGAACGCAGUAGACACAGAGAAAGUGAUGGUGUCGAUAGUCCCGAAACAAGUUAUAAAGAAGAACGAGAGUAUAAACAUAAAUCUCAUCGCCAUCGGUCACGAAGUCGCAGUCAUGAGAAACGAUCCAGGAAACACAAGUCUCGUAGUAGAAGUGGUUCUAGGCAUCGUCAUAAGAAGAAGAAGAAGAAGUCCGAGAAAAAUAAAGACGAUGAUAACAGUGAAUAAUUUAUACUGUUAUUAUUUGUGUAAACAAUUUUUCUCUUUUUAUUAUUAUUAUUUUUAUUUACACAUUGUCUUCAAUUCAUGUUGUAAUUAAUGCUCAUAAAACUUUAUGAAAUUACUCAGAUGCUCACUUUGUUUUAUCAACUUCAUCGCACUGAGAAUAUAUCCUUGUAUUUUAUCAAUAACACUCAACAACAAGUCAACUUAUACUUAGGAAUUUAUUUACUAUUAAAUUCAACUUUAAAAUAAAAUAUAAUUCCGAUUUGCUAGUUAAUAAAA